AAAAAAUAGGGAGAAAAUAAGGACAUUAUAACAAAAGUCAAACCAGAUCAACACCAUAUCAACAGAUCAGACAAGAUGGUGACUAAACAGGAAAUGAUGGAAAGAGAAAAAAUAAAGCAUCCAUUUCGCAGACUUCAUCUUCACAGGAACAACAAACUGAGAGCUGCAGAUGUUCUUCAGUUAAUGGCACAUUCAUUACAGUCCCAUGAGUCUUGUGCUGAGGAGGAGCUGAUUCUGAGUUUCUUACAAAAACUAAUGAUGAUGAACUACAGAGCAAGAUAUCUUAAUGUUAAAAAGAACAAUGAACAGGAUCACACACAAAGAUACAAUGAAUCAUUUGAAGACAGUGGUGAUAUAUUCAAAGCAAUAUCUUUUUCUGAAAAAGGAACAAGCCAGUCUGAGCGAAUCCACCCGAUGGAUGUCCAGAUGGCCGUGUUUCAUUGCGCUGAUGGUUUCCUGAAGCAGCUGAUGGUGACUAAACUAUCCCAGUGUCAGUUUGCUUUGCCUCUACUUGUUCCUGAUCCAUUCACACGACAGAUUGAGUUUCCUCUCUGGACAUUUAGACAAAUCAACAAGAGCUGGAAGAAAAAAAAUACCAACAAUGAAACCAUCAGUCAAAACCAGUCAGUCUACAAGGCAGAAACUCCAAUGGUGUGUUUCUUCAGGUUUGGCUUUGUGUCCUCUUCUAAAUCUCAUCUAAUGAACAGUCUGAUAAAUGAGAGACACAACACAUUCUUCCACAGGAACUGCCCAGGCAGCAGCAGAACCAGAGUCCUGAUGGAUGGAGUGGUGGAGAUCGCCUGGUACUGCCCUUCUGGGAAAAACACAGAUAAAUUCACUGACUGUGUUGCAUUCUGUAAUCUACACGGUGAUGCAGGAAAACAUGAGAAACAGCUGCAGAUCCUCACUGAAAUGGCCUCAGUCAAUGUUGUUCUUCUACCACGACUUGAGAGGAAUGACAUAAGUGCAGCAAUAAUACAAAACCUGUUCAGAAAAAGAAAGCCACUCAUUUGUCUUCUUACUGAGGAUGAUUCUACUGUAAUUGAGAUGAGAAAAGGGAAAUACAAAAUAGGUCUGAAAGACAGAAAUCAGUCAGAUGUAUCUGAAGAACUCAGAAGAGCUAUAAAUGAUUGUUUUUCUGAGUCAUCUUCCAUUUUCAGACUUGAAGAUGUGUCCAAACACUCAGACAUCAGAGUAGAUGAGGAAGAUGAUGGUGACUGCAGGAGAGGAAGAGAAGCAGCACAGCAGAUGAUGAGUUUACUGGAGAAUAAAGAUCUAACUGAAAUCAAAGAAUCACUUCUGCCUCAUCAGGGGAAACUGUGGCAUCAGUGGAGUCAGAAGAACAAAGAACUACAUCGACCUCAAGGAGAUGAGACAGAAAUGGACAUCAGUAGAAAACAAUCAGAAAUGAAGAAAAUUCGUACACAGCAGCAUGAAUCUGACAUCAGUGAGUUUAUGAAGCUCUUUAUUAAAGGAAUGAACUCAUAUGAUGAACAUGAAGAUGAGAAGUUGUUCUUUCUCAAAUGGCUCAGAAUUCUGCUGGAUGAAUAUACUUCUGCUGACCUUUCUGCUAUACACCACAGGUAUAAUGAAAAAUGGUCAACAGUCUUAAAACUGAAAGAAAAUUAUGAAAAACCUGAUCAACUUAAAGUUGAACAAACAGAACUUGAGAAAAUAUCCGAGGAGCUUCAAGCUGCAACCUUUGGCUUGGAGCACAUCAUGAGGGAGAUCGGUCAGAUCUAUGAAUCAUGUUCAUCUGUAAAGAAGAACAAAAAAAACCUACAGUUUAACUUCUCUUCUCUGUCAAAUCUUGCAGCAGAGAUGAUGAUUUCUGGAUUUCCACUGGAGCUGAUGGAUGGAGAUGCUGCUCAUGUUCCUCUGCUCUGGAUCUCUGCUGUUUUAGAUCAACUCAUCCAGAAACUGGGAGAUCGGAGAGUCUUUGUGCUGUCAGUUUUAGGGCUUCAGAGCUCUGGGAAAUCCACCAUGCUGAACGCCAUGUUUGGACUCCAGUUUGCCGUCAGUGCUGGCCGGUGCACCAGAGGAGCUUUCAUGCAGCUGGUCAGAGUGUCAGACGAGAUGAAAACACAGAUGAACUUUGACUAUAUUCUGGUUGUCGAUACUGAGGGUCUUCGUGCUCUAGAACUGGCUGGAAGAUCAACAAGACAUCAUGACAAUGAAUUGGCCACAUUUGUCGUUGGUCUUGGAAAUCUGACAUUGAUCAACAUCUUUGGAGAAAAUCCAGCUGAGAUGCAGGACACUCUUCAGAUUGUUGUUCAGGCCUUUCUGAGGAUGAAGAAGGUCAGACUGUAUCCCAGCUGUGUGUUUGUGCAUCAGAACGUUUCAGACAUCACAGCUGGAGAGAAAAACAUGGAGGGAAAGAGACGACUGCAGGAGACACUGGAUGAAAUGACAAAACUCGCUGCUAAAGACGAAGUCUGUGAUGCAGAACGCUUUAGUGACGUCAUUAAAUUUGAUGUUCAGAAUGAUGUGAAGUAUUUUGCUCAAUUCUGGGAAGGCAGCCCACCCAUGGCACCACCAAACCCAAACUACUGUGAAAAUAUUCAAGAACUGAAGGAAUCUAUUAUUUCUCAUGCCACAAAAUCAAAUGGAAUGAUGAUGAAAGACUUAAAGGUUCGUAUUAAAGAUCUCUGGGAGGCUUUACUGAAGGAACGAUUUGUCUUCAGCUUCAGAAAUUCUCUGGAGAUUGCAGCCUACAGAAAACUGGAGACCAACUACAGCAAGUGGACCUGGAGUCUUCGCAGUGCCAUGCUGGAAACUGAGAACAAACUGCACAACAAAAUAUAUAAUGAUGCAAUUCAUGAGGUCACGCAAACUGAUCUUCAAAAAGAACUGAAGAAAACAAGUGAAGAAGUGAAAAAAUCAAUGUCAGAAUUCUUUGAGAAAGACAAAGAUAAAGAUAUACUGAUUCAGUGGAAAACAUCAUUUGAAAUCAAAAUCAAAGAGCUUCAGGAAAACAUUGUGAGAGGAACAAAGAGGAAAUUAAAUGAGAUUCUUCAGCAGCGAGACCUGAAGAAAAAGAUUGAUGCUCAGAGGAAACAUCAUGAAAACACUCUCUAUGAAAAGAGUAAAGAACUUGCUUUAAAACUCAAAGACAAAACAAAUGAUGAAGAAACACUGAAGAAAGAGUUUGAUUUGUUUUGGGAACAGAGUGUGAGAAAGAUCAUCAGAGACACUCCUCCAAUCAAAGACAUUGACAUAAUGAGAGAUGUGAGAGAGAUUCUCAGUGACAUCUAUGAAAGUAUUCCUGUAGAUCACUGGAGGGAGAGUAGUGAGUGUAGGGAUGUUUUCUCUGUACCAACUUAUUCAGAUUACGUACAAUUUAAGAAAUCCAGUCGAUUUCUCACAAAUGCCAUCAGAUCAGCUCAAGAGAAGUUUGGUUAUGUUUUAUCUAAAGAGGAUGAAAUUCAAAUAAGAGCAUUAGGCACAGACACUGCACAACAGACAGAAUCAAUGAUUCAGUCAUUCAACAUUUCAAAGAUGGGCUACAACAUCAGCUGCAUUCAACAACUCACAGGUUACAUAAAGGCGAGAUUAAUAGAACAUCAGGAAGGACCGGUGAAAUAUGUAUUUAAGACUGAAUUCUUCAUGGAUUUGGUUCUUUCCAUCUGUAAGAGAGCAAACAAAAUUAUCAUUGACCAACACAGACUGUUCAGAGAUGCCAAUGAUCCUGUAAUAUAUGUUGAGAGGAAGAGAGGAGAGUACUAUAGUAUUUUCCAGAAAUACUGUCAUGGAGCUGCAUCAGCUGCUAUUUUUGGUGAGAUCAUCUGUCAGAAACUCAAAGAUCCCAUUGAGCAGAGUGUCUACAAGAAGACUGCCAGAGAUCUGACAGGUGAAAUGAGAUCAAAUUGUGAAUCACUGAAUGGAAACAGAUCAAAUCUGGAGAAACACAUCCUGAAGACACUGGCGGAAGAGAAUAAUUUUAAAAAAUAUAUAAACUACAUUAAAACUCCCAGAGAUCACUUCAAGAGUUUCAUCAGAGAUGAAGUCAGUCAGUACAUCACUGAUCAGUUCAGAGUCAGUGUUUUACCCAAGAUGAAGGAGAACAUUGAACAACUGCAGCACAAGAUCAUGAAAGCAGCUCGUGAAUCUACUGAACAUGUUCAAGUCAACAGUGGAGAUGCUGGUUUGUGGUUGAAGACUUUCACACAGCAGCUCUCAGAUGAGCUGAUCUUUUCUGUAAAAGAUUUCAGUGGAGUCAAACAUGAUGAUGUUGAUGAUUUCAACCUCCUAGAAGAUGUGAUAAAGAAAGAACUUCCUGCUAUAACAUAUGACAUCAGUAAAGAGUUUAAAAUAGAUGUAUUUGAUGAAAAACUGGACCUCAAGUUCAGGCCAGAUGAGCUUCUGAUUGAUCACUUCUGUCAGUGCUGUUGGGUUCAGUGUCCGUUCUGUACAGCCAUCUGCACAAACACCAUAGAAAACCAUGAUGGAGAUCAUAGCGUUCCUUUCCACAGAGUGGAUGGAAUUAAUGGAUGGCAUUAUGUAAAAUCAAAGAAGCUUUGUGCUAAUAUUUGCACAAAUUUAGUGACAACUGAUCAAACAUUUCAUGUUUCAGACAACGUCUUUCCAUAUAAAGAAUACAGAACAGCGGGAGGAGUUUAUGCAAAGUGGAGCAUCACCCCUGACCUCUCUGAACUACCCUACUGGAAGUGGUUUGUGUGCAGAUUCAAGAAAGAACUUGAAAAGCACUAUGAAAAAACAUUUGAGGGACAGGGUGAGAUUCCAGAUGAAUGGAAAAAGCUCACAAAACAAGAUGCUGUUGAAAGUUUGGAUAAAUACCUUUAAAAAUAAUAGAGCUGAAACUGCUUUUAAACUAAGCAGUAAACAAUAUAAAACAAACGAGAACCAAAAUGGUAUUUCAAAAAAGUUUGAUCUAGUUUCUACACUGUAUCAUUAUGCAAAAAUGUAUAGCAAGGAAAAAAAUAAAACAGCACAUUUUAAUUUACUCUACAUAGAUUUAUAAACCACAUUGUAACAUUCAAUAUUAACGCUCCAGAGCAGGGUUUCUUAACCCUGGAUAAAAAGCGGUGCUAACCCAACUUCUAAAUUACACUGCCCUCCAAAAGUUUGGAAAUGCCCUAGAAAAGUGGGGUUUUAGACAAUAUUGGCAUGAAUCCUUUUUAAUUUGUGAUAAUUUUUCACUGAUAAGGGAAAACAUAUUUUAUUAUAUAAACAGUUUAUACAUAGAAAAUACUUACAUUUUCGAUUCAUCAAAAUAUCCACCAUUAGCAGCUAUUACAGCUCAUUCAUAAAACAGGUUCAUUGUAUUCUAAACUUAAUUAGCAAUCAAUUGUUGAAGCUAUUAAGGUGUGCUGACCCAAAAAUCUUUUAAAAACCUGGGCCAAGUUUAAACCAGUAACAAGGCAUCACAGCUGGCAAAGGGGCAUGUCUGACUUUGACAUGUAUAUAUUGCCAUUAUUAUGUAAUCAAAAUGAAAAUUAUCAUUGCCGGUCUUCAAUGAUAAUGUCAAGUUACUUUAAUGUACAGUAUUUGCACCAAAAAAUGAUAAGGAUUUAUGCUGAUAUCAUCCAAAACCACAAUUUGCAAGGGGUGUUUCCAAACUUUUGAAGGGCAGUGUACAUGUGUGAAACAAUCCUUUACCUGGGGAUAAAAGCGGUGUUUAGACCACAGCGGUGUUUAAGCGCAAUGUGAAAAGCCCUUUAGGUGUUUGUAUUUUGGAAAAAGAUAGUUUGAUUGCCUGCAUUAGAAAAAAAAACAUGAGUGCAUAAAUUAAGGCAUCUGUUCUAGAGUAGUACAUGAUAGGAAAAGGAACAUCCUUAACACACAAUUGAAAAUUUUUAUUUUAUACCAGAACUACAGUAGAUAAAUUCUCUGUACUAUUGUAGUGCCAUUGUACACCCAUUGCUUUCAAUGAGAAACCUUUAACAAUAACAGACUGAUUUAAAAGGCAUAGGAUUUUUGUCAUCAUAAAAUUAUAUACUGGGGUAAAAUUUUGUUGUUACGACUUAUGCAUUAUGCACUUAUGAAUUAGAGUUUUAUACAUAAAGUGGACAAGGCUACUUCAAAGACCAAGGUUUUUCCUGCAUAGAGAAUUAUGAGGCAACUGCCUCCAUCAAAUUUUGUGCCACCUCUAGUUGUCAACAAUAUUCAAGCAGGCAGUCACAUGCAAGUAUCGCUCAACAGCAUCCAAUAGGGCUUUUAGUCCAAAAGUUCACAUUUUUGGAGAACUUAUAUUACACUUUUGCAUUCUAUUCUGUACAUAAACCCAGAGAAACGUUUCUACACACAAAAUAUGAAGCUAAUAAACAUAUAAUUAUGAAAGUAUAUGAUUUGUAUGUUAUUUUCAUGAAAUUCUUGGCUAUUCUCAUAACAAUAAAUGAUCUUUAUAUGAGAAAUAAUAAGCUGAUGUAGCAAUUAGCCUAAUAUAAAAGGUUACAAAUAACAUAUUUUAGCAACAUAAUAUGACCAAAACCCACAUUAGAUUGCAAGUUAUUACAAAGUUGUUAUUAAUACUCGAUGGUGGUUUAAAUUGAGUUGUGAGUAAAAGCGUAGUAUAAAUCUUAUAAAGUGUCUUAUGUAUCAUGAUGCUAAUUGUAUCUCUAAUGCACCUACAAGAGUUAAUGUAAGGUCGUAAGAAAAGGUUUUGUUUUGUUUUCUAGAAAAGCUCUUUAUAAUAAUAAAUGGAUAAAUGUAUAUUGGCAUCAAUACGAUGUGGUCCAGGAGGCACUGGACUAUGAAGAGUGGAUGAAGAUUUUAUCAAUGAAAAAUAGGAGUCUGAAAUGCUCUGCUUCUGGUUGUGCACUGUGUAAAUGAAAAAUGGCUUCAAUGCAAUGUUUAACAACCUUAUGUUUAAGCCAACUACACUGCAAAAGGGCCCACUUUUACCUGUUAUGUUGUAUUUGUAAUGUUCAACAAGUGAGGUUUUUGUAGAA